CCCACCGCCUGGCGCUGCUCGUCCCCUUCCGGGAGCGCUUCGAGGAGCUGCUGGCCUUCGUGCCCUACAUGCACCGCUUCCUGAGCAAGAAAAGGAUCCGCCAUCACAUCUUCAUCCUCAACCAGGUGGAUCGUUUCAGGUUUAACAGGGCGUCCCUGAUCAACGUGGGCUUCCUGGAGAGCGGCAAUGACACCGACUACAUCGCGAUGCACGAUGUCGAUCUCCUGCCCCUCAACGAGCAGCUGGACUAUGGCUACCCAGAGGCAGGGGCCCUUCCCCGCGGCACUCCUAAUCUGCACCCGCUCUACCACUAUAAGACCUACGUGGGUGGCAUCCUGCUGCUCACCAAGCAGCACUAUGAGAUGUGCAACGGCAUGUCCAACCGCUUCUGGGGCUGGGGACGGGAGGACGAUGAGUUUUACCGACGUAUCAAAGGAGCUGGUCUCCAGGUUCGCCGUCCCUCUGGAAUCACGACUGGAUAUGAGACUUUCCAGCACCUGCAUGACCCAGUCUGGAGGAAGAGAGACCAGAAGCGCAUCGCUGCGCAGAAGCAGGAGCAGUUUAAGGUGGAUCGGGAGGGAGGUCUGAACAACGUGAGGUACCGAAUCGAGUCACGGACAGCUCUGAGUGUGGCAGGAGCCCCUUGCACCGUCCUUAAUAUCUUGCUGGACUGUGACACAAGCGAGACCCCCUGGUGCACGUUUGGCUGAGCCUGUCUCCUGUGUGCCGGUUGCGUGCGCUGUGCUUGUGCUGAGAUGUCAGGGCUGCCACCGAGCUGCUUGGAGCAGGCAGGAUUUUUGCAGCAGACGAGCAUGGCGGUGCUGGCGAGAUGCGGAGGAACAGAAACGGCUGGGAACCGGGCGUUGCUAGGACCAACAGAAGAGGCUGAGAGCGGGACUCUGCAGCAUUGGUGUGGACACUGGUGCUGAUUCCCAGGGCAGACGCAGAAGGCAGUUUUCCUGCACUGGACAUGGCUGAGCUGCCACCCAGCUCAGAGGACAAUAAAGAAC